GCCCCGCCGCCCCGCGCCCGCAGCGGCCGCGCCCAGCCCCGCGACCACAGCUCCACAAAGACCCCGGGCCGAGACUCUCCCCGCGGACCGGUUCCAGGCACAUCCAUCAUGUCCUUCGGCAGAGACAUGGAGCUGGAGCACUUUGAUGAGCGGGACAAGGCGCAGAGGUACAGCCGGGGGUCGAGGGUGAACGGCCUGCCCAGCCCCACGCACAGCGCCCACUGCAGCUUCUACCGCACCCGCACGCUGCAGACGCUCAGCUCCGAGAAGAAGGCCAAGAAGGUCCGCUUCUACCGGAACGGAGACCGCUACUUCAAAGGGAUUGUGUAUGCCAUCUCUCCAGACCGCUUCCGAUCCUUCGAGGCCCUGCUGGCUGAUUUGACCCGAACUCUGUCGGAUAAUGUGAAUUUGCCCCAGGGAGUGAGAACCAUCUACACCAUUGAUGGGCUCAGGAAGAUCUCCAGCCUGGACCAACUGGUGGAAGGAGAGAGCUAUGUGUGCGGCUCAAUAGAGCCCUUCAAGAAGCUGGAGUACACCAAGAACGUGAACCCCAACUGGUCGGUGAAUGUCAAGACCACCUCAGCUUCCCGGGCAGUGUCUUCACUGGCCACUGCCAAAGGGAGUCCUUCAGAGGUGCGGGAGAACAAGGAUUUCAUCCGACCCAAACUAGUCACCAUCAUCAGAAGUGGGGUGAAGCCACGCAAAGCAGUCAGGAUCUUGCUGAACAAGAAAACAGCCCAUUCCUUUGAGCAAGUGCUCACCGACAUAACCGACGCCAUCAAGCUGGACUCGGGGGUGGUGAAACGCCUGUACACCUUGGAUGGGAAGCAGGUGAUGUGCCUUCAGGACUUUUUUGGUGACGAUGACAUUUUUAUUGCAUGUGGACCGGAGAAGUUCCGUUACCAGGAUGAUUUCUUGCUAGAUGAAAGUGAAUGUCGCGUGGUGAAGUCCACUUCUUACACCAAAAUAGCUUCAUCGUCCCGCAGGAGCACCACCAAGAGUCCAGGGCCUUCCCGGCGCAGCAAAUCCCCGGCCUCCACCAGCUCAGUUAAUGGAACCCCUGGUAGUCAGCUCUCUACUCCACGCUCGGGCAAGUCGCCAAGUCCAUCACCCACCAGCCCAGGAAGCCUGCGGAAGCAGAGGAGCUCUCAGCAUGGCGGCUCCUCUACCUCACUGGCGUCUACCAAAGUCUGCAGCUCAAUGGAUGAGAACGAAGGCCCUGGGGAAGAAGUGUCCGAGGAAGGCUUCCAGAUUCCAGCCACAAUAGCAGAGCGAUAUAAAGUCGGGAGGACAAUAGGAGACGGAAAUUUUGCUGUUGUCAAGGAAUGUGUAGAAAGGUCUACAGCUAGGGAGUAUGCUCUGAAAAUUAUCAAGAAAAGUAAAUGUCGUGGCAAAGAGCACAUGAUCCAGAAUGAGGUGUCGAUUCUACGGAGAGUGAAGCACCCCAACAUUGUUCUUCUGAUUGAGGAGAUGGAUGUGCCGACUGAGCUCUACCUUGUCAUGGAGUUAGUAAAGGGUGGAGACCUCUUUGAUGCUAUUACCUCCACUAACAAAUACACGGAGCGGGACGCUAGCGGGAUGCUCUACAACCUGGCCAGUGCCAUCAAAUACCUGCACAGUCUGAACAUUGUCCACCGUGACAUCAAGCCAGAGAACCUGCUGGUAUAUGAGCACCAGGAUGGCAGCAAGUCUCUGAAGCUGGGUGACUUUGGACUGGCCACCAUUGUCGAUGGCCCCCUAUACACAGUCUGUGGCACCCCAACAUACGUGGCUCCAGAGAUCAUUGCAGAGACUGGAUAUGGCCUCAAGGUGGACAUCUGGGCAGCUGGUGUAAUCACUUACAUCCUGCUGUGCGGUUUCCCUCCGUUCCGUGGAAGUGGCGAUGACCAGGAAGUGCUUUUUGAUCAGAUCUUGAUGGGGCAAGUGGACUUUCCUUCUCCAUACUGGGACAAUGUGUCUGACUCUGCCAAGGAGCUUAUUACCAUGAUGCUGCUCGUUAAUGUGGAUCAGCGGUUCUCAGCUGUGCAGGUCCUUGAGCACCCCUGGGUCAAUGAUGAUGGCCUCCCAGAAAAUGAGCAUCAGCUGUCGGUGGCCGGGAAGAUCAAGAAGCACUUCAACACGGGCCCCAAGCCGAGCAGCACGGCUGCCGGAGUUUCUGUGAUAGCACUGGACCACGGGUUUACCAUCAAGAGAUCAGGGUCUUUGGACUACUACCAACAACCAGGAAUGUAUUGGAUAAGACCACCGCUCUUGAUAAGGAGAGGCAGGUUUUCAGACGAAGACGCAACCCGGAUGUGAGGAGCCGGUACAAGGCCCAGCCAGCUCCACCGGAACUCAACUCGGAAUCAGAAGACUGCUCCCCCAGCUCCUCCGAGACUGUUCGCUCCCCCAACUCGCCCUUUUAAUAAGACCCUUUUACUCAAAGUCCUAGCUUAACCCUUUGAGACUCUGAGAAUUUUCCCCCCCAAAAUUUCUGUAAAACAGUUUCAUCUGAUCUAUCUAGCUCUCGAUGCUUGAAUGGCAGAACAGAAAGUAUGUUUUGGGUCCCUUUUCCUUUACCGAAUGAGAUGGCAUAUGGUGGUUGAGAAGAUGGUAAUUUGCUGCUAAUAGGGUCCUCAAAGGGUUAAGGCUGAUUUUCCAUUUUUAACUAUAGAAAUAAUGAAUGUUUUCAUCAGUCAAGCUAAGUUCUGCAGUAUAUAAUGUAGCACAUGUUAGCCCUCUGCGUGCAUAGAUGGCCCGAGAAUCCUUGUUGGGGAAAUUUUUUUCAGGCCUUUGGAUAUAAUCAUACACACACACACACACACACUUCUUGAUUUGCAGAUCAAGGGUUGUUAUUAAGAUACUAAAACAUGCAGACAAGAAGAGCAUCAAGAAUGAUAGCUUGCUUGUCCUCUUCCGCAGGUUGAGAACAUGACAGGUUUAUAACUUCAGCACACACACCCUUUCUCCUCCCAGGCCAAUGAAGAGACGGAAUUCUUUUCCUAAACAGUAAGCCAGCCUGUUGCAAUGAGUCCUCCAUCUAAAGUGGGAGGACAUAGAUUUUGUGGCAGUGUGACCCAAGAAAUGGACAGUGUCCCUUCUCCAAAACUGUCUCAUACUAAAAUGCGCUAGUGAGGUCCCUGACAAUGUUGCUUCCACAUCAGCUGCGGCUGAUGCCGGCGCACACCCUCCACGGAUCACUGGGGCUCACCUUGUGCUCGAUGGGUGGGGUGUGGCUGCUGGGAUCCACCGUGAACUACAGGAAAGAAACACGUGAUGAAAAAGAGCAAUAAAUUGCCAGGUGCUUUACAGGGCUGGAAUUUCAAACACAAGGGGAAGCAAGAGCCUGGGGUUUUCCUCGCCUGCUUUUCUCGUGAUACUGGGGUCCUCAGUGUAAACCCUGCACCAGUGUAAAGUCCAUACAUUGGAGAGCUGGGAAACAAGGCAGCUGUGCAGGGUGGCCGAGGUAGAAAGCACAGUGGGAAUGUCACCUAAGAUGUUCUCAGAAUGAAGUUUAAGAAAACACACCAAUUCCAUUAGGUUACCUACAAGUCUCCCAGGAAAAGCAAGAAAAGCAAGAAUACGAUGCUUGGAAGACACCUCUGAGAAUAAGACUGUCAUUCCCUAAAAUAAUUUUUUUUUUUUUUUUUUACUGCCCUUCUUUCUCUAGCUGUCCAGUAUGGGGUGGGGGAUAUUGUUUUUCUAGUUUGGGGCCAAGUUUUGACUGAGACGGUAUUUUAACUCAUGUUACCAAAUCUGUCUCCCUAGGCCUACAUCUCCAGUUUCUUUGGGAGCAUAUCACAUUUCAGAAUGUAGGCUUCCUGUUCACUGUGGCCAUGUUCGGAAAGAACACGGGGGUGGGCUGGAGGCAGAGGCCCAACUCAUCUGUCACUCCAAUGUUGUCUUAGCUUUGCGAUCUGGGAGACAACAGUGAAUGAUAUCUCAUAAUUUGCAUCUGGACGGCUGAACAGUAGUUACUUUCUCAAUUUUGGAUGGAUUUUAAUAUCUUGGGAUUCCUGAGCAACCUUUCUACAGCCAGUUCUCUGUUUUCAAACUCUGCACUGAUCUUCAACGGCUGCUCUCUAGUCUUCGGUCCCUGAGUGAUGUGCUACGUGCACGUAGAUUUUUUUCAGUCACUGCAAGCACAUUUUCUGCUCUUCGAAAUCUAAAUAUAACAUUUAUUAACGUUGUUGAGUUAAAUGUGUUGAAUUUGGUGUUUGGGAGGUAGAGGUGGGUACAAAACACUAGGAAGGAUACUGGCAGAGUCCAUAUUAGUAAAAGACAAUGAACUAGUCAGAAAUUACUGCUUUUCUCUGGAAUCAUGAAAAAAAAAAAGCACUUUCCUAAGAUUGAGGAAAAGCUUCAACUCGACAUAUGUAUGUGACUACUAAGAUUCCUAUGGUCAGAAAUCUACUUGCCCCUCUGUCUGUGGAUUAGUUCUCCCCUGGGCAUGAGCAUGUUGCUAGAGCCAGGUUUCAAGAGCACAGUGCAGGACUCACUCCAACCUUUCUCCAUGGACAUCGAGCAGAACGUGGGAGCGUUGUGGAGAGGCCAAGUCCAUUCUGAAUGAGGAUCCCAGUGCAUCGCUGUAGAAUUCCAGUGACCUAUGCUGAAUCCACAGUGGAAUGUGGCCUGUCAAAUAGAAAUAUUGAGCAAUCAGAUGGAAUGCAGUCUUUCCAGCAUGAAGCUGCUAAGACCUUGAAUGUCGGAGAUGGAUUCGGAGGGUUAACGGACAAGCACAAGGCAUGCUGAUGACAUUGGUGUACCCAGAUUGCUUUGCUUUUAGCCAGUGUUUUCGAUGUUUUUUUUUUCUUUUUUCUUUUUUUCUAUCAACAUGCUCAGGAUAGUUCCAGUUUGAAAUAAUUAAGUGGUGGUGUUCUUCACAAAAUUUCCAUUGCCAAAUUGAUUUUAUUUCUUAUUUCAUUUAACAUAGGAAAAAUAUGUACCAUUAUAACCAUUGUAUCUCUGUAAUUAUUAAUUUAACCAUCGCCACUCUUAUGGUAGUGGCUCCAUAAUGGAAACUGUCCUUCCUUUACACAUAACCAGCCCUCUGGUAUUCUUUGAGGGAAUUUGAUUUAUCUUUUUGGUUGGGUAAUAGGCUAGUUGAAAAAGAAUCCUUGAUGGCAUCAUAUAGACUGUUUUUGUGGAUGAGCGCUGUUCAUGUUUAUGAACACAUUUUUUUUUCUCAGUAUGGUAGCAAAAACUAUUUUCUUUGCCAUGAUCAACAAAUAUGUGACUUAUUACACAUCUUCACAAAGAGCAGUAAGACUUCAGUCAUUGACAGCGUUUUUAUCAUAGCCUUCAUCUAACUUACUCUUGGUGCAUAUUAAAAUAAGCAGAGGAAAAAAAUGUGAAUAAACUGCUGAAAACACUUGGUGUUUUGUAUUCAGUGAGACUCUGGUACAACCUGCUUAGCACUCCCAUGAGUGGUGGUUAAAAGGCCUGUCAGAUAUUGUUAAAAGAAAGUAAUAUAUCCAUGAAUGAAGGCUAAAAUUGCAAUCCUUUACCCUUUGAGGCAUAUUUCAGUUAAAGAAAAAAGAAGAAAAGAAUAAUUGACUUAGAGGGUCACAAAGCUACCGUAUGACCAGGACUCAAGCACGUUAAAUCAUGGCUGCUUGCUGGCCGAUGGCAUCUGUUCGACAACUCUAUCCCAGUGCUGAAGCACACGUGAGCUGAGGGACAGCUUUCUUAAUAUUAUUGUGUUGCCCCUCGCCCUUCUCAGGGUAAGGAUCUGUCAGCAUUUCCAUGAUAAACUCCUAUUCUCCAAGGCUUUUAAUUUAACCAUAAAAAUAUGCCCCAGGCUGAAGUUUGCUAUUCGGGUCUGAACUGAAGAGUGAAGUUUUAUUUCACACUCUUCCCAGCUACUUCCAACUCUUCUGAGGAAAACAUCAACACAUCUAGUAUGCCUCUGUCAUGAUUCCAGCUCUGUAAAGCACCAAACCCAUUGUGGUCUUGUUAACAUAAUUAUUCAUUUGGAUAUGGUUUUGAUGGGUCACCUAGCAUAUAUUAUAUUUUCUCUAAUUUAUAAGUCACUAAAUUUUCACUCACUAUGUGAUUUUUUCUUCUUAAAAAAAAAAAAAGCUUGCUUUUUUUUUCUUUUUCUUUUUUAAGCAUUUGAAGUUGAUCAGCUCAAAGGUCCACUUUUCCCACAUGUCACCUGCCACUUCCAUUGGUAGUUUGGGAAAAAUACUCUCCAACAGAGUCUUAUUUUGCAUGCAGUAUUAGGGUCAGAUAUAUGUGUCUUUGGAAAUAUAACUUUCCCUUAAUUUUAUCAUUGAAUUUCUCCAUGAAGCCAUUCUAGCCUGUUUGGAAAAUAGUGAUUAAAAGCACUUCCAAAAUGAACACUUCUCAAGUCAGACUUAAGGGCAGCAACAUCAACAACAACAAAAAUGACAUAUUUCAUACACUCCUGCUUACAGGCAGAUAAAUCAAUGAAACUUGACAACACACGAAACAUUUGAUAACUGCAAAAGUGCUUUAAAAUUGGGCUCUAUGGUGCUUAUACACGUUACAGUUACAGAUGGGAUUCCUAAGACCAUCAGAUGGAAUCUUUAGCUGGUAUGUAAUUACAUACUGAAGGAGGAGGUGCUUUUAGGCUUCUCUUUUAUUUAUUUAUUUUUUUUUUUUUUUUUGGUCAUCUCAAAUAUGCAUCCAUCCAUCCAGUAACGUUAAAUGUCAUAAACUGCUGAGAAACAGGAAAUCAAGUUAAAAGUUUAGAAUGCUUCUGGUUGGGGCAUUUUCACUUGUUGUUAUUGUUGUUGGCUUUAAGACUACUAGUCUGUGAUCAUUUUUUUCAGUGAGUGAGCAUCUAACUGGCAGGUUUUGGUCAUGCAGUUUGCAGUCUCUUGCCCCUGAGACAUAUAAGAUAUCUAGGUUCAUUCUUUCCCCUAAAGAGAAGCCAGUCUCUGAACCAUACCUGUAAAUUUCUGCAACAUUUCUUUUUAGCCAACUAAACUGAGACCCUUAAUGUUUUCUUUAAUGUAAAAUUGUACAUUUUUCAUUGUGAAAUACUUUAUUAAUUUAAAGUAAGUCAUUAGUGCUAAAGCCUUCACUGUCAGUAAUAAAAGAAAGUGGAAAUUUCAAAGUGGUAUUAAAGAUUCUAAUAAUGUCAAUCCAUUCCAAUUCCAAUUCAAUCCAAUGUGGGAAGGAAGAGACCUUGAAUAGUUCUCUAGGGACAAUUUCUCACUUGCCAUUGACAUUAUUCUUUGGUGUACACUCAGAAUAAACAGUAAAAAAUUGACACUGGUUCAAGGUUAGAGUCAUAUCUCCAAUAACUUUUUAAAUUUUUUUUAUUAGGAAGUAAAUAAUAGAUUUUUUUUUUCAUUCUGGCUGAAAGAAAAUUGUUAAGGGAUUAGUUGAGUGUGAAAUUAAAUAGUAUUUUGCUCGUGCAUACUGAAGAGGCAGGUUGGGAACUUGAUGCAUUUAAACAAGUUUCCAAAAGGUUUCAGUUUGGUAAGAGCAAAAAUAACGUUUCCUUUGAAAAGACUGAAGUUAUCAUCGCUGCAUGGAUCAGAUGCCAUAGGUUGGUGUUGAUUUCAGAAUCCUGAUGAAAUAAUGAGUUUCAAACAAUUUGUAAUCAUAAUUAAAGGUGGAAUGAGAUCUGUUCUUUCCUAAUCCUUCGGUUUAAGCUAAUAAAUUGUAGGUUAACGUGCAAUGAAAUCAUCUGUGAUAUAUUAUGUUCAUUUAUCAACUGAGCUUUUUUGAUGUUGCCUGUUUUUAUGUAAAACAUGUUCUUAAAGUUAAUAAAAAUAAUAGCUCUUGGUGUAUGAAUUACUCAUAA